UUCGGCGGCGUUUAACGAAAACAAUAACAUUCGAACCUCGUUAUGCAUUUUUGAUUACAACAAUAUUAAAUAAUAUACAUUGAAUAACUUUCAAACAAAGCUGAAUCAGUCAAAAUAUUUAAAAACACACAGCAGGAAAAGGGGUGUCACAUUUGUUUAUUGAGCGUCAUUUUAAUCUCGACGCUGGAUCUUGUGCUAAUAAAGUCAUUACCAUUCAAAAUAUCAGAGAAGAGACUACACACCGCAUUCGACUGCAAAACUUAGCAAGAUAACGAGAGUAAUACGAACGAAUAAAUGAAGCCAGGCUAGAACAAUAUUAACAUGGCAUAUAAAAGUAAUAAACGCAGAUUUGUGUCUUUAGCAGCGUUAUUCCUGACACUCGUAACAAUUGAAACUGCGCUCGCGGUAGACUGUGGCGGCAAGCCUUUCCACUGCGACAACUCGACCCACUUCAAGAUAUGCGUGGACUUCGGCAAUGGCGUCUCUAGCACCAUGGACGACUUCGUGAUCCAGUGCCCCCCCGGCACCGAGUGCCGAGACACCAACCACUACGAGUGCGAGUUCCUCAAGCCGACCACUCUCGCACCACCCGUGCGGAGCGAUGAUACGAACGACAAAAUUGAAGAAAGAAGCCCCAAAAACGCAUCACCUCUCAUUGAAGUCGUGAAUACUGUGUCCAGUGAUCAGCAUGUUACGGAACAUUCGGAGAAAAUAUUGAAUACGGACUCGCAGUUUAAUACGAAUGAAAAUAGUGCUGGUAAUAGUUCUGGUGUUACAGAGACUGAUACGACUGCUUUUAGUUAUGCAGUGACCAUGAAGCCGUUAAUGGAUCAGACAACAAGUGCUUACGAUAAUGAUGGAGAUCCGUAUAAAUUAAUAACAACGACUGCUACUACUGCUAGUGACCUAACCAUGGUCACAACGUCGAGGCCAGAAUUAUUUAAUAAAGUAACUACAGAAGGUCCAAGAAGUGAACCUGAUGAAAAAGUGAUCACUAGUGCUGUGUCCAGUACAACUGAAAGUGAAAAUAUAGUACCAAUGGUGACUAAAUCUUUAGUUAAAGUUUCAGUGCAACCAAUUAUCACGGAAACUGUAUCCCAUAAACAGGAAACAAGUGUCAGUGAAGAUGUUCAAGAAAGUUCAUUUAGUAGCUCUGAAACACCACAUUCAACGGAUGAGACUUCUCUGUCUUCCACUGUAAGUGAAAUAUUACCAUACACUACUAAUCCAUAUGUGACCAACAGUAUGUCCACUGUCUACGAUUCGACUGCAGUACAAGCUGCGUCACCUGAAAACACUUUUGAUAAAAAUAAUAAUCAUGAGUCUAACCAUAAUUUAAAUUUAGCAAAUCAGAAUGUUGAUCACACAAAGUCCAGUGAAUUACCUGUAGAAACAACAACACGAGACGUCAAAACUUUUAGUCAUGAUACUUUACCGUCUAAUAUUUUGGAAACUGAAGUACCAAAUACUAACGAGUACACUUUAGUAACAACCACAAAACCUACAAACAAUGGUGAAGAGCUGUCUACUAAAGGUAUAACUGUCAGCCAAAAAAUAGAUAACGGCAACAAUAGCACAUCAAAAUUCUUAAUAAUUGUGCCAGAAAUUAUGGAUACUCAAUCCAAUCAGACUAAUAAAACAACUCUGGAUGAGUAUUUUGAUUCUAAUUAUUCUGGAAAAGGGAACAUAAAUGAGGCAGUAGAUUACAUUUCAAGUCUUUUACACGACAGCAACUUUUCAAUGACUGAGAUUCAAGAUGAACUUAAUGUAACUACGGCGGAUCAAUUAAAUUUACCUGAUUUAGACAAGAUUUCUUUGCUUCUUUCCAAAUCUGAAAGAGCCAAUGAAAAUGCAACUGUACAAGACUAUACUGAAUCAUCAUUGACCUCUUCAAAUUUAACUAAGCAUGAAAAGUCAAUGACUGAGCAUGAAAAUAAAUAUUCAGAAACAGUAUCGGAUGAUUAUUUACAAAAUGAUAAACAAGUGGAAAAUUCAACUACAACAACAUUUGAGACAUUGUCUAGCGAAUCCGAGAUUAUAGAUCAGAAUACGAAAGAUAUCAAUACUCAAUUGGGGAGUUUCAUACUGGCAAUGACUGAAACAAGCGAAAUACAUGAACCCCAACAAAACAAUCUAAAUACAACGGAAACUAUAAAAGAUAAAAGCAUUACAGGAUUGUUUAAUUCAGUCAGGAACAUACACGAUGACAGCAUCAAAAUUAAUGAUACUACGAGUACCGAACCGUCAUCGGGCAGUAACGCUACGAAGCCGUUAACUGCAUAUGAGUCUAUAAAUUCGAAUAAAACUGAAACAAUGUUGAUAAAUAGUUUUAUGCCGGUGACACAAAAUGUAAACACAUAUCUUUUAGGUGGUGAAACUAUCGGAGAUUCAAACUUUACGCUUUAUAUAACAAACUAUACUCAAAAUCCGGAUACCGAAUCAAUAAUUCAGAGCGAAACUACUAAUGAUGCAAUUUUAAGAGUAAAACCGCUUGAAAAAAAUACAGUUAACCCACAACAGUACCCAACUCAAGAAGAAUCUACAGUUAAAUCAAUUAACUAUGAAAUAAAUCCUUCUAAAAUAUUAUCUGAUAAUAAAAAUUCGUUAAAAUCAACCACUGAAUCAGCCCAGAUAUUGAACGUCACUGAGAAAGAUAUGGUUGUGAUAAAUGAUGCUGAUUCAAUUAUGUCACCAAAUAAUUUAAAUUUAGACAAAAAACGAGAUGUAAAGACUACUUCUAAGGACGAAAAUGAAUUUUUCAAUGCAGUAUCCAUAUCUAAAGUAGCAAAUCUAACCAAAGGAUUGAAUAUUGAAAUUAAAAGUGCCGAUAAUGUAGAAUUGACACAAAACAAGGCGUCAAACGGAACAGUUAGUGCCACCAAUACCAACAAAAACAAGAUUGGCAACGAUUCUGUAUCUUACAUACCAAUAAAUGGCCAACAAAAAAUGGCUGAAACUGAACCAUACCUUAACUCAGAAGCUAAUGAAAAAACACAAGUGUUGACUACAGGCGAAAAUUUUGCAGUAAGUAGAUCAUCUAUUUCAGAUACGGAUAUGAAUGGAUCUGUAGUAGAAAAUAACAUCAGUCAAAACUCAACUGCGAAUAAUAAUGCUUCAAAUUCAGUAGUGACAACGCCUUUGCCUAUGAUUACAAAUAUAAACAUCAACACUGAAAACACUAAACUGACUAGUACAGAACCAAGUCUAGUAGAAAAUGUAGAUGCAUCGUCAACAAUGAUAAAUGUUGGAGCGAUAAAGAAUGAUACAGACAUAAAUAUGAAUGCAUCGGAUACAAUAAUUACUACUACAACAAGCACCACACAUCAAAUAGGAAAUAAUAGCGGAUUUAAUAUUUUGAACACCACACAAACUAAUACUGAAAGUGCGGUUAUUAGUGUAAAUUAUUCAGAACAAAACAAAACAGAAGAUAUAAGUACAAACAGCCCUGUAACUACAAAUGCCGUAAUAGGAGCAACAGAGAGAAAUGGGCAAGUUACCGUAUCUAUGACUACGAAGAAUUCAGAGGCCAUCUAUUCUGAUAAUUCAAGUAACAGUGAAAAUAGCACGAAGCUUAAAAAUAGUGCUGGAAUUCAUUCGGAAAUUACAGAAACAAAUUUGAGUGUAUUGGAUGUAGUAACUGCUGUUCCAAUAGGAUCAAUGCUACCAGCGACCACCGUUAGUAGUCCAGUUACCAUAGACAAUGAAUCAGGACGGAUAUCAGUAAUAAUUGGUGAAAAUAGUCAAGUUAAUACUAAAAUUAUCGAGUCAAAUGCCCCAAAUACUGCAAAAAGUACUAUAGUACGUCUCCCAGACACAGUUUCAAAACGAGAAGAUAUAAUGAAAGAAGUUAAUACUAUCAACAAAGAAAUCCUGUCGGCAGAUAAACCUGUUCUAGGUGUGGUCAACACUGUACCCAGUUCAACAACCAGUCAAGUGCCAUACAGUAUAGAUAGGUCUCAGAAGAGUGAUAAUGGAAUGAAUAUUACAUCUACACAGCAUCCAAAGACGGCAAGUUCCUCAAACAACGUCGCGUCGGUACUUGGAUUAAUUGGUACACCUACUAAAGAAAUAAAAAUAACAAAUGAAAAUGUGAAAGCUGGGAAAACAACACCAUUUAUUAGUAAAACUACUCUAUCAGCAGAUGAACAAAUUCUAGGAGUAACUAACACUGUACUAAUUUCUACAACAAGUCAAAAGCCAUACGGUAUUGACAACUCAGUGAAAGGUGAUGGUGGAAUAAAUAGUGCAUCUACUCAAGAGCUUAAGGCAGUAAGUGUCGCGUCGGUAGUUGCAUCAAAUAAUACACCGAAUACAACAAAAAUAAAUCAAUCUAAUGAAAAUGUGAAAGCAGUUAAUACAACACCACUUAAUAAAGAAACUUUGGCAAAUGAAAAUGCGAUAUAUGAAGUAGUCACAAUACCAAGUUUAGGGUCUACAAUUUCACACAGCCCGGCGGUAAAUAAUAAUAAGCCAGAUAGUUCGGCAGCAACUACGAUAAAUAAUGUAGUAAAGAAGGUUACUGAACCCACUUUUGCACCAACUAGAACCGAGAGUUUAAUUACAAAUGGAGUUUAUACUACACCAAUGAGUACACAAAUAACAAAAUCUAGCCAAAAUGCACCCAAAGUGGUAAUAACUGUAUCUAUAACAACAGAAAGUCCCGUUCCAAUAACUAAAGUUAGUACAUUGACAAAUGUAAAUACAUUGAAAAUAGUAAAUACUAUACCAAUUAAAUCUGAUAUCGAAAUAACAAAGGAACCAAAUUUACAAGGAGUUACAGACACCGUGACUACCGUAACUAAAGAACCAAUAACAAUAGGCACAAAUAAGCCUUUAGCUCCAUCGACAACUAAAGAAUAUACCACACCAAUUAGUGUUCAAUCUCGAGUCUUCAACCAGAAUACACCUACGAUCAGAACAAACAAAACAAACGAAAUCAAAACAGUUAAUACAGAGUUGAAUUUGAAUGGAUCUGGACCUGUAACUACAUUAAUUGACCGAGAUCGUCUGCAAACAAAUGUUAAUAUUACAGAAAAACAAAUAACAAGUGAGUAUGCACAGGGAAAAGUAGUCACUGUACUAUUGAGAACAAACAGCUCAGUCCCAAACAGUACAAAGCAACCAAUAGUUAAUAGAAAAAUCGUUACAACAAACCGAAUGAGUACUGAGGUUCCGGUAACAAGUGAAAAUGCACCAGGGCUGCCAAAAACUAUACCAAUCAAAACAACAAGGCCAUUACCCAACAGUACACAGAGACCAAUAACUGACUAUACCAUACCGAUGAGCUCUAACAGUCCAACAAAAGUGGUAAAAAAUACUGAACAAGCUAAUAGGCCAACCAGUGCCACCACACAGACCAUUGCAAUGAAAACAAAAAUAAAUAUAUCAAACAAACCUUUAAUCACGCCAACAACUCCUCAAAUAAUGCUUAAAAAUAAAACUAACUCCUUUGAGAAUGUUACUAAGACACAUACCACAACUAAAAAAAUCAACGGUACAGGACUUAACACUGGUCAUGGCAUAUAUCAUACUCCAAUCCAAACAAAAAGUAAUCCGGUAAAUAAAGAUAUUAAUACUUCGCUAACUCUAGUAACUUCCAAAUCAUUCAACUGUACCAAAGCGGGUCGGGGACGGUUUGCCGACAAACAUGACUGUAGGAAGUUCUAUAUUUGCGUGGACAAACACGCUAUCGUCGGCACAUGUCCCGUCCACACUGUUUUCAGCGACAUCAAGAAACAAUGCACUAAAAACUUGUCACACUGCAUCAGGAAUAACGAAUUCAAGUGCAUCAAGCCCGGAAGAUAUUCGGACAUGACAGCGAAGAAUAUUUAUUACAUUUGCGUCAAAAAUGGACCUGCGUUCAUUAGAUUCAAAUUUCAAUGCCAACAAGGAUUCCACUUAAAUAAAGAAACGGUUAAGUGUAUCCACAACGAACAACCAAGCCCUAACCAAUCCACAUCAUCUUUGGAGAGUAGUAAGAAUAGAAGUGAGAGCGAUUCCGAUGGUGGUAAGAAGAAAAAAGAAAACGAAUCGGAAAAAGAAAGUAGUAAGAAGAGAAGUGACAGCGAGUCUGAUAGUAGUAAGAAGAGAAGACAAAGCGAAUUGGAAAGUAGUAGGAAGAGAAGUGAUAGCGAUUCGGAUAGUAGUAAGAAGAGUGGUGACAGCGAGUCUGAUAGUAGUAAGAAGAGAAGUGAUAGCGAUUCCGAUAGCAGUAGAAAGAGAAGUGAGAGCGAUGCCAGUAGUAGUAGCGAUGACAAGAAAUCAAAAGAGAGAAAAAGGAGCGACAGUGUUUGCACUGAAGAGGGCAAAAUUCCACACCCAGAUAACUGUAGAAAGUAUUACGUCUGCUACAAAACGAAAAAAUCUGAACUACGCAAGAGACGAAGGAAAUGUGACAGCGAUGAAGUGUUCCAUAAGGAUAAGAAGAAGUGCGUAGACGCAGACAGCUACGAGUGUCAAGAUUAACAAAAUAUUAGUGUAAGAAUUUAGAUACUAACGUACUAUGUUAAUUUAUAAGUUAGAUAAAUUAUAUACUUAUCUCGUCAGAACCAACCUUAGAGGAAAAUGUACAGUAAAAUACAAAUCGUAUAAAAAUAAAUUUAUUAUAAAAGUU